AUGCCCUACGCAAGGUCCACUGUGUCCAGCCGACGGCGCACACGCACGCCGGUGUGUGGGCCCGUGGCGGCAGAUUCCCGCUGCUGCUCACCACCACCAACAGCUGAUGGCGCAGCGAUGCAGGCGGAAAGGUCGGAGGUUUCAUCGCGCCUGCAGGUGCGCAGCCGUGUGGACGGCGGUUCCCACCACAGGGCGAAGAAGGCCCGGAAGGAGUCACGAGCUGUCCACACUGAGCACAAGGAGGAGGCGAAGCUGUCGCAGGAGCUUGCCUCACACUGCGAAGCCGUGGCGCGGCGCGUGCAUGCCUUGCUGGACAAGGCACAGAUGCAAGAGGAACACGUUACCCGAGCACUGAAGGAGAGCCUUCAGCAGUCUCCACUUCGACAGUCGAGUGCAUCACCGAAGCCGGAAGCGGUUGGCAGCCUUUCCCCGCAGCCGUCAUCGACAGGAGUGACUCCGCGCGAGAGUGCAACACGCUGGUCCGGCAUGUUUGGCACACCAAAGGUCCCAAAGGCACCGCCGCCAACGCCAGCCCGCUCUUAUUCUUCCACUGGCGGCUGGCUGAGCAAAGUAUUUGGAAGGUCUCCCGAGGCUCCGCCAACACCCACAUCGAAAAGUACAACACCACCUUUGAGGCAGUCAGCCUCGCCGCGUUCUGCGGAUGCCGCAGGUGCCAGUCCCAAAAAAAGGACAACAUCUGCCAGCCCCUCGCAUGCGCCCCCUACCGAGCAUGCCUCACUGCUGCGGCGUACUAUUCAGCGACUCUCCGGACGUUUUUUGUCGCCGCCUCCAGAUGAAGAGACACCGCAGCGUUCACGGAAGUCCGUCGUAUUUAAGGGAACCGCCGAACUGGAGACGGUGACGCCGCCAAGGCCGACAAAGCGGGAAGUGGAGACCCAGGAUGACAGUGAGCCAGCGGUGCGAGGCUCGCUGCUGUAUCCUCCAGCGCCGCCGCCGUCCCUGCAAAAAGAGCUUGCCCGCCGGAGCUCAAGCGGUACCCCAUCCUCCGUGGACGAGGCAAAACAACUCCUGGUGGGGCCUGACAUGAAAGAUGUGGCUGGUAUCAUCCAGAACUUUUCACACUCUCGUGCGUUUCAUCAGCUAACCAAGGCAGACCUUGUAGCCUAUGCUAAGCUGCACCACGUUGUCUUGGCGAUGUCAAACACGAAGAAGGAGCUGUUCGAGGUGGCGCGCCGCCUAGCGAAGGGCAAAGCAGGGGAGACCCAAUGA